UUCAAACCGAAAGUUAAAUUUGUGACGAUAGAAACUUUGGAACAUGACUUUUAUGAAAACAAAGAGAUUAAAAUGGUAGGAACUUUAUAACACUGCAGAAGAUGGCCACAAGUACAACUAAAGCACAAGACGUUAUCUUGUGUCACCUCUGUGACAGGAGACCCGCCCUUCUUCACUGUAAUCCCUGUCAGGUCAACUUAUGUGAAGAAUGCGUCGGAAAACACUAUAUGACGUCAUCAUCCUCUAAUCACGAGAUUGUCAAAUACCGAGAGAGAAAAUUCCAUCUUUCAUUUCCAAACUGCAAAGCCCAUAGUGGCGAAAAGUGUACUGUUAGGUGCCAAAAUUGUGAUGUAGAAGUUUGCUUUAAAUGCCUCUGUGGCGACCAUAAUGGUCAUAGAAUUAUCGAAAUAAAGGACAUUGUUAAUGAAAAGAAAAAGCUUAUGGAAAAAGACGCAGCUUAUCUAAAAGACGAUAUUAUUCCAAAAUUUGAAAAUGCGGAUGCAGAAAUAGAAUCCAAAUUAGCUGCUUUAAAUGCUAAAUGUGACCAAUUAGAAGAACUAGUCACAGAACAUGGAGAAAAUUGGCGGCGAUGCAUUGAAGAAAUCGUGGAGAAAAACAAGAAAGAUAUUGCAGAAAUGAGAGAAAAUGGCAUUAAAAAAUUAAAAGAAUACCAGAAGGAAAUCAAAAAUGUUCUUGCAAGCCUAAAUGAAAUUGCUCUGAAAAACAAAAAGAUUUCUCAGUCCAUUGACAUUAGUCACAUCGCAAAAUAUGAAAGUAAUAUUCAGAAGUAUCCGAAGAUUCCCUUACAAAUUGAUCUAGAACUACCGGCUUUCGUUUCCAAGGACACAGAUAAAGGUAAACUUUACCAAUAUUUUGGAAAAUUAAUAGAACCCAAAAUACAAACAGAAUCUAUAUACAGAUCAGAUGUAUCCAACGAACUCCUAGACGAAGCUGUAGAAAUCGCAUCCUUCCACACUGGAAUAACAGAGUUGAUGAGGAUGGCAUGUUUGAAUACAGAGGAGGUGUGGAUAUCUGGGCAGAAUAUUAAAACCAUCACUCGUUUCAAUUUACAAGGUUCUAAACAGGAGACUGUUACCUCUACUUGUCGAAAUCAUCCUAGUGACAUUUCAGUUUCAAAUAAGGGGCAUCUGCUGUACACUGAUAGAGUAAAUCAAGUAAUUACUGAUGUUCAUCAGACAACAGCACAGAUCAGAGCACCACACGGAUGGGAACCAGUAGGACUGUGUUGUACACAAUCAGGUGAUUUACUGGUCAGUAUGCGUACAUUUAAUUAUAAACAUUGUAAGAUUGUCCGUUACGAAGGUCAAACAAUAACGCAGGAGAUAGAGAAGGACGACCAAGGUAAUCCACUAUUUAAAGAUGGAGAUAGGAUGCUGUUUGUAACAGAAAACAACAAUGGGGACAUAUGUGCCUCUGAUUGCAAUGCUGGUGUAGUCGCUGUGGUGAACAAGGCAGGAAAAAUACGAUUUUUCUAUAAUGGACAACAAACGAUGAAGAAUCAGUUUAAACCUACCAGUAUUGUCACAGACUUUGCUAGUCGUAUAAUAGUAAAGGAUAAUGGAAAUUCCUGUACCCAUAUCAUUGAUCAGGACGGUCAGUUUCUUCUUAGUCUGGCUUUCUGUGGAGCACUGAGUUUGGACACAGUGGGACGACUGUGGGUGGGGGAGUUUGAGAGUGGAAUUGUAAAUGUCAUGAAAUAUACAGAAUAAAUGUUUUGAUUUCUAUAAGGAAUCUUUUUUGCAAAUAUUA